AUGGACCGAUUGGAAGGAAAAGUGGCCGUCAUUACCGGGGCCACCGGCGGCAUCGGUCAGGCUGCGGCAAGAUUGUUUGCCGAAGAAGGAGCGAGUCUGGCGCUGGUGGAUCUGGACGAAGGGGCACUCCAGGAAGUGGUCCGGUCCAUUGGAGAGGACCGGGCCAGCUACACCGUUGCCGACGUGACGGAUCCCGACCAAAGCCAGGCCUACAUUAACGCGGCCGUCAGUCGCUGGGGUGGAAUCGACGUCCUUCUGGCCAACGCCGGGAUCGAAGGGACCCUGGCCACCAUACCCGAUUAUCCAAUCGACGUAUUUGAUCGGGUAAUCGCGGUCAACGUACGCGGCGUGUGGCUUGCCUUAAAGUACGCUGUCCCGGCGAUGCGGGAACGGGGCGGCGGCAGCAUCGUCAUCACCUCUUCCACGGCGGGCAUCGGCGGAACUCCGGAAAUGUCGGCCUACAACACCAGCAAGCACGCCGUAAUUGGGCUAAUGCGCACCGCCGCGCUGGAGGGGGCGCCGCAUGGCAUUCGGGUCAAUACCGUCAAUCCCGCACCCAUCGAGACCCGUAUGAUGCGCUCCAUCGAGGAGCAGCGAACCGCUGCCUUUGACGACGCUUCCGUAACUGUCGAAACUACAAAGCAGUCGGUGGCCGAGCGCAUACCGCUCCGAAGGUACGGGAAUCCAGAGGAGGUCGCCAGGAUGAUGCUGUUUCUAUCCAGCGACGAGAGCAGCUUCUGUACCGGAGGCAUUUACAUGGUGGACGGCGGCAGGUCCGCGGGAAGCAGAUAG